AUGACUUUUGCUCGAAUUUGUGUGGAACUUGAUUUGAGUAGACCACUGCCUGAUGCGGUAGAGAUGUGUGCGGGCUCACAUUCCUGGGUGCAACAACUGGAUUAUGAGACCCUUCCUUUUCGAUGCCGCCUUUGUCAUGAAUAUGGCCAUCUUGUGAGAAGAUGCCCAAAGGCCAAGUCAGUGGAACAGCAAUUUUCGCCUCCUUCUCGUGAUAUUCCUAGUGUGGACAAAGGGAAGAAGCCUGUUGUUGGGGAGGGCAAAGAUGCUGAGGGCUUUGUUCAGGUUAAGGCUCGUAAUCGGAACAAAGGCCAGAAGCGGACUCUAAGGGAGCGACAGGAAGAAGAUACCUUUAACAGGUUCGAGAUCUUGGAUGAAUUGGGUCAGCCAGAAGUUAAUCCUGGAUUAAUUAUUGAGGAUGAACAUGUAGGGGAUUAUAGAAUGGGGACUAUUUCUUCCAUCCCUCCUGCUGAUUCUCAUGUGGAGCCUGCCAUGCCUAUGGUCACGGAUGGGCAAACAGGGGUUCAGAUGAUAUUAGAGCCAAAUGUUGAAUUGGGACAAGGGGUAGAGAAUGUUUCUAUUCCUGCACAGACUGCAGCUCCAGAGUCGGAUAAGCGAGGUAAAUCUUCUCCUCAUCUGGGCAUUCUUCAAAAACAUGGCAAGAAGGGGGUCUCAGAGAAAAAUGUUAAAAUGGGACGAAAGAAGGACUUAGAAAAGAUUAAGAUGAUUGGGGAGACAUUGGUGGAGUCAGGUAAGCUCCUUGUCUGGAAUAAUAUUUUUUUGGUUCGUAGUUUAUUUCCUUACUUGCCAUGGAUUGUUGCUAGGGACUUUAAUGCUAUUCUUGAUCUAACGGAAAAACGAGGAGGUAAUAAAAGACUGGAUCCUUCUUCUUUCUUGCUCCGAGAUAAUAUCUCAGCACUCAAUCUCGUGGAUAUCAAGCCUAGCAAUGGCUGCUUCACUUGGAAUAAUAGAAGGGAGGGUGACAGGUGCAUUGCUGAACGCUUAGACCGCUUCAUGGUUUCCUAUUUUUGGGUGGGUGGAUUGUGGUCUUCCAGUUCUGAAAUUUUGGAUUGGAGAGGCUCGGAUCAUUGGCCAAUAAAGCUUGUCAUUUCUUCAGCUCAUCUGCCUCAGAAGCUGCCUUUUAAGUUCCAGCUUAUGUGGCUUCGUGACCCGGACCUCUAUGGUUGUGUUGCCGAAUGGUGGCAGGUUGGCAGGCCGGCUUUUGGUACAGCAAUAUAUGUUUUUGCUAAGCUUCUCCAGUAUGUUAAGUAUCAGCUCAAACGGUGGAAUCGACAAAGCUUUGGAAAUAUCUACCAGGCAAAACAUGAAGCUCAAGUCGAGUUGAAUGGCAUUACCAGAUUGAUUAGGGAGGAGGGAGUGUCUGAGUACUUGUUGUGGGAAGAAGCCAGAGCUUUAAGAGCUUUGGAGGAAUGGGAGUUGAGAGAGGAAAUCUUUUGGAAACAGAAAGCUCGGAUUGAGUGGCUUCAGGAGGGAGACAAGAACACUGCCUUCUUUUUCAAUUCAGUGAAAGCCAGACAACAUGGUAAUGCUAUUUCAUCUUUGGUGACUGAUAGGGGGGAGGUUAUUUCUUCUACUCAGGGUAUCGCUGAUGAAGCAGUGCAGUAUUUUGCUUCUUUAUUUAGAGAGGAAGCACAGGGAGACUCUGUUGCAGAGGCCCAGGUCCUUUCCUGUAUUCCUUCUUUGGUUUCUUUGGAAAUGAAACAACAUCUUAUGAGUGUCAUAACUUUGGAGGAGUUAGAAAAAAUUGUUUUCCAGAUGAAAAAAGGUAAGGCUCCUGGUCCAGACGGUUUCCCGAUUGAGUUCUUCCAGGAAUUUUGGGACAUUAUCAAGUUUGAUUUAUUGGCAGUUGUUCAAGAAUCCCAGAAGAAUAAGCAAAUGCUUCGGGCCCUGAACUCUACCUUCUUGGCACUCAUUCCCAAGGGGGAGGGGGCUGACCGGUUAAGUCAAUUUCACCCAAUUUCUCUUUGCAACGUAACUUAUAAAAUUAUAUCUAAAUUGAUUGCUGAAAGGUUGAAAAAGUGGCUUACUGUGCUAAUCUCCGAAGAGCAGAGUGGCUUUGUGGAAGGUCGUCAGAUUUUGGAUGGGGUGGUGGUGGCUACUGAGACUAUCCAUUCCAUGGCCAGCUCUAAAGCCAAAGCUAUGUUCAUCAAGCUGGAUAUGGCCAAGGCGUAUGACAGAGUUCGUUGGUCCUUCCUGCAAAAGGUUUUGAGUGCCUUUGGUUUUGAGGAGGAAUGGAUUUGUUGGGUUAUGAGUUGUGUGGGGUCGACUUCCUUCUUAGUUUUGAUGAAUGGGGAGCACUCCAACCUCUUUGGGGCCUCUCGGGGUUUGCGGCAGGGUGACCCCCUUUCUCCUUACUUGUUUCUUCUUUUGGUGGAAGGUUUGGGUCGGUUGAUUAAAAGGAAUGUUGAAGGAGGCUUUAUUCAGGGCUGGCAGUGGGGAGGGGGUAUUCCUGUUCAGUCUCACCUACAGUUUGUGGAUGAUACAGCUUUGAUGGGUUUGGCUACUAUUAGGGAGGCUUCUAACAUGCGCAGAGUGCUAGAUGUCUACCUUGCUGCUUCUGGUCAGUUAAUUAAUGAGGGCAAGUCUUCAAUUUUUUUCUUCAACACUCCGCCUUCAAUUCAACGAAGAAUUGCUCAUAUUCUCAGGUUCCAAAUUGGAAGUCUUCCUUUGCUAUACCUUGGGAUCCCCAUCUCUACUGGCAAGCAGUCUAGGGAUUCCUGGCAGGUUAUUCUGGAUAAGUUCAAUGUCAAAGUGAACCACUGGACUCAUCGUUGGCUGUCCUUUGCUGGUCGGGUCCAGUUACUUCAAUCUGUGGUGCAGGCUCUUCCUCUUUACAGAUGUUUGAUUCAGGUGGCGCCGAUGAGCUUUGUUAAGAGCCUUGAUUCCUUAGCCAGACAGUUUUUAUGGGCUGGUAAUUUGUCAUCAACUAAGUGGAGCCUUAUUAAGUGGGAGACUGUUUGUAGUCCUAAAAGAUUUGGUGGUCUUGGAUUACGUCAAUCAUUGCUUUCUGGUACUGCUCUGGCAGCUAAAUUGUAUUGGCGAUGGUGUGUGGAACAGGAUCGGGCGUGGGCUAGGAUCUUGUCUCACAAGUACUUUUUUGGGAUCCCCCAGCGUGAUAUCCCUCGAUAUAGCUUGGCAGGGAAAGGCUCAACGAUUUGGAACACUCUCAAGAAGGGGGCUGCGCUCAUUAAGGGUGGUCUCUUCUGGAUUUGUAAGAGUGGGACAGAGGCACAGUUCUGGCAUGACUCCUGGGAUGGCUACCCCCCCAUAGUUUCCCAAUAUCCUCACCUGAGUAUAUUGGCCCAGAGGUUUUGCGAAGCUGGUUGGACUAGGGUGUGUGACUUCAAGUCAUUUUCCCUUCAAGGGCAGGUUGUGGAAGCAAGAUGGAAGACUUCAAGGGAGUGGCCUAUUCUUGGGUUGGAAGUUGAGUGUGCUGAGCUUCAUAACAUCCUUUCGGGUCGUAGCUGUAGCGCCCUGAUGGAUAGUGAUGUGUUGGCCUGGUCCCCUAAUCCCAAAGGUACAUACACUGUGUCUUCUGGUUAUCAGGCGCUGCUCUCUCAACAAUUUGUUGGGGGGGAAGUCCAUUGGUGGAAGAGAGUCUGGAAUAAUUUCUCUUGGCCAAAAUGUAAUUGCUUUUCUUGGACUUUGGCUUGGAAUAGAUGCUUGACCUGGGACAAUAUUCAGAAGAGGGGUUUUGCUGGACCUUCAAGGUGUGUUCUAUGUGGUGGGGGGGAGGAAGAUUCUCCACAUUUAUUCUUUUGCUGCCCAUUCACACUGCAACUAUGGCACUUCUGGUGGGAUGCCUGGAAGAGUCAGUGCUUUCAUGCAUCCUCCCUGGCUGAGUUUUGGAUGAGACUGAGAAGGCCCCCUUCCUCGGCUCCCUUCUUGCAGGAUGUCUGGUAUGCUGGCCCUAUCUUUUUGCUAUGGCAAGUUUGGUUGGAAAGGAAUCGUAGAAUCUUUCGGGGUGAACAAUUGGGGAUUCAACAGGUUUGGACUAGAAUUAUGGGAAUGGUCCAGGAAACUGUGAAAGCUAAGAGUGAGAUUAUUUUGCCGAUGGAGGAAGGCGAUGCGGAGAUAGUUAAUAGGUUUGGUAUACAGGGGAUAUCUCCAGCCUCAGCUUGCGCCAGGAGAGGUAGGCGUGUGAAACAUAGAGUUCAACGGAUGGGGAAAUGGCUCCCCCCUCCUGCUGGCUUUCUGAAAAUUAACACGGAUGGUUCUUCUAGGGGUAAUCCUGGUCCAGCUGGGAUUGGUGGGAUUGGUAGGGAUUCUUCUGGAUCUGUGGUCUUUAUCUUCUCGGCUAAUGAGGGGGUGCAGACUGUUAAUAGGAUGGAAGGCUUGGCUAUCCUAUAUGCUUUGAAGCGAGCUUAUGCCCUAGGGUGGCGGAAGGUGAUUUGUGAAGCUGACUCUCAAAUUCUAGUUAAUUUGCUCCUUCAGAGGAAGAUGUCUGAGGUUAGGUGGCAACUAUCUGUGUUAGUACAACAGAUAUUACAGGUUGGCUCUGUAAUGGAGUCGGUGUCGUUUACCCAUAUUCCAAGGGAAUGGAAUAGGGCAGCUGAUUGUCUGGCUAAAUGGGCGUCAGAAGAUGUUGAUGGUCGGAGGAUUGAUGAGUGGGAGCAGUUGCCAUAUGAGCUAUGUCAGGAUUUGGAGAGGAUUCUUGUUGAAGAUGAAAGUGGUGUUGGGGAAUGA